AUGGACGGAACCGCGGGUGGCGGCGGAGGAGGCGGCGGUCCGGCGCCAUUCUUGCUGAAGACGUAUGACAUGGUGGACGACUCGGCGACGGACGAGAUCGUGUCGUGGAGCUCCAACAAGAAGAGCUUUGUCGUCUGGAACCCUCCAGAAUUCGCUAGGCUUCUCCUCCCCACCUACUUCAAGCACAACAACUUCUCUAGCUUCAUCCGUCAGCUCAAUACCUACGGAUUUCGAAAGAUUGAUCCUGAAAGAUGGGAGUUUGCUAAUGAAGAAUUCAUACAAGAUCAAAAGCAUCUUCUUAAGAAUAUUCAUCGCAGAAAGCCCAUUCACAGCCACAGUAAUCCCCAGGGUUCUAUGGUUGAUCAGGAAAGAGCGGCUCUUGAUGAUGAAAUAGAGAAGCUAUCAAAUGAAAAAGCUGCACUUGAGGCAAACAUUUCAAGGUUCCAGCAGCAGCGAUCUGCUGAAAAGCUUCAGUUGGAAGACCUGACACAGCGGGUAAAUGGUAUGGAGCAGAGGCAGAAGAAUUUACAUACAUUCUUAGAUAAAGCUGUUCAGAACCCUUUUUUUGUUGAACAUCUAGCCCGAAAAAUUGAAUCUAUGGAUUUCUCAGCGUAUAACAAGAAAAGGAGACUGCCUGUUGCAGAACUCUCACAGCCGGUUGUGGAAAAUAGUUUCAUGGAUAACCAAAGUAGUUCCAGACCUGAGUUUGGGAAUAUUUUCCACCAAGACUUUUCAAGUAAGCUGAGACUGGAAUUAUCUCCAACUGUUUCAGAUAUUAAUCCGGUUUCACAUAGCACCCAGAGUUCCAAUGAAGAUGGGGAUAGUUCAACUAGGAAGAUAUCGGAAGAUCUGAAAGGUGCACAGAUGAGAACCAAAGGCCUUUUAUUUGCAAAUGAACCAUUAGAACUUUCAGAUACUGGAACAUCCUUUGCAUUCAAAAUGGAUUCGGUGUCACGAAAAUCAACAAGUGGUGGAAGCCCUGGAUUUCAUUCCUUGCAGCCAGGUUUGCCAUCAAAUGAGGAUAGUGAUGGCCUGAUAGCCUGUCACUUAAAUCUUACAUUAUCAUCUUCUCCCUUGAAAGUGAUCAGUAGCCCGCAUUCAGCUACAGUACCCCUAAUAGGUCAGGAUAUUAGCAACUCCCCAUCCUCAGGUUUGAAUGCCAAUGACAAAGAAUCCGAUAUCAGAGCUCUUCUGCACCAUAACCUGGCUGAUGAAGACAGGCCUAAAAAUUCCCCAAAAGAGGCCACAAAACACAGUAAAGGGCAUGCAUCUGGUCCAGUUAGAGUGAAUGAUGUUUUCUGGGAGCAGUUUCUCACGGAAAGGCCUGGCUGUUCAGAGAAUGAAGAAGCGAGUUCUAAUUUUAAAGAAAAUCUGUAUGAUGGGCACGAUAGAAUGGCCAGAAAUGCUAAAGGUACAGAAACACUUACUCUUUGACAACUAUGUGAGAUUCAUCAUUCUUAAGAUUUCAAACUUGACGUGAAUUUACCUGUAAUUGGUUUGAAUAAGUUCUUGCCAAACUGCCAUUAGUUCUUAGUUGCCUUUUGCUACUGUUAGGGGUUAUAAUUGGUAAUGUAGUCAUGUGUGGUAUCUGUGCAUACAUUGUAACUACGUUUCUAACAGUUAAAUAGAUAUGUGAUUUUGGUUUCUGAGAUUAUUUUCCACCUGUUAAAAAGAAGCUUAUUAACCUGCUAA